UGAGUCUGGAGCAGCAGCAGCAGCAGCAGUGGAGCUUCACUGCCUCUCCUCGCCUCACAGUGCGGGAAUAUAGCAGCGGAGAGCAGAAUGGAUACGGAAGGGAGCCAGAGCAGCCUGUCCUCCGGCACGGACAACUCCCCCCACGACCCCUGCAAAAUGUUCAUCGGGGGUCUGAGUUGGCAGACAACACAAGAGGGCUUAAAGGAGUACUUCUGUAAAUUCGGCGAGGUGAAGGAGUGCAUGGUGAUGCGGGAUCCCGUUACCAAGCGGUCGAGGGGGUUUGGAUUUGUAACAUACGCAGAGCAAGCCGGCGUUGAGAAGGUUUUGGCGCAAAACAGACACGAAUUGGACUCCAAAACGAUCGACCCAAAGGUGGCGUUUCCUCGUCGGGCUCAGCCUAAGCUCGUGACCAGGACAAAGAAGAUCUUUGUCGGUGGACUGUCAGUCAAUACCACCAUCGAAGAUGUGAAGCACUACUUCGACCAGUUUGGAAAGGUCGAUGAUGCCAUGCUCAUGUUUGACAAAACAACCAACAGACACAGAGGCUUUGGCUUUGUAACAUUCGAGAAUGAAGAUGUGGUGGAGAAAGUUUGUGAGAUCCACUUCCAUGAGAUCAACAACAAAAUGGUGGAAUGUAAGAAGGCUCAGCCCAAGGAGGUGAUGACGCCGACAGGCUCAGCCAGAGGACGCUCCAGAGUGAUGCCUUAUGGGAUGGAUGCCUUCAUGCUCGGCAUUGGCAUGCUGGGCUACCCAGGCUUCCAGACUGCUACCUACACAAGCCGCAGUUACUCCGGCAUUGCUCCUGGUUACACUUAUCAGUUCCCAGAAUUCCAUUUAGAGAGGACCCCUCUCCUGACAUCAUCCCACCCCCCUGAGCUCGCAGCCAUUCCCUUGACUGCGUAUGGACCAAUGGCAGCAGCCGCAGCAGCAGCAGUAGUUAGAGGCUCCACCCCUUCACGCACAGCUGGUUUCCUGGGAACCAGCAGCCCUGGACCAAUGGCUGACUUGUAUGCUGCAGCCAAUCAGGACUCAGGAGUCAGCAGCUACAUCAGCGCAGCUAGCCCGGCCCCCAGCACAGGGUUCGGCCACGGUCUAGGGGGUCCUCUGAUUGCUACUGCGUUCACUAACGGCUACCACUGAGAGGACUCAGGUCACUGAAGAUGGGAGGACUUCUCCUCUGCUGAUGAGCCAAUCAGAAUGCUGGCUGCCCACUGAUGGCAAAACCUGAUUGGCCGGCCUCAGGCUCUUCCGGGAUCUCCUGGCUCCCUGUGGCUCCACCCACCGACUGAAUAUCUUUUUAAAUCCUGAACUGUUUUUUUUUUUUUUUUGCUGUACUAAUCUCACUUCAACAUAAUGUCCCCAUCUCUCCUUGUUUGUCCUCAUGUAGUCUAAUAUCUAGACCCCGACUCUAUCCGUUAUUUUCUCUUUUUUGAAGCUGGGAGAAAAGAACUGCUAAAAUAAUCUCUGAGGAAACAUUUGUCAUCUUUGACAAAGCCAGAGGACUAUUUUUUGAGUUUUUUAUUGUUUUUAUUUCAUUUCAAUGUGAUACGUGGCUUCAUGAUGAAAUCCCUCACAGCUGUUUCUGAUGUGAACAGAGAGAUGCGAGAUGGGUCUUUGACAGAAAAAAAUGUUUUUAACAAAGGAAGAACAAAUCCAACAAUGUCCUUUUUUUAACUCGAGCAUCACGGAAACAUGGACAAAAACAACUAAAAUGUAUAUUUUGGUAGUCUUUAAAACAAAACCUUUGUAAUAUUGUUAUUAAUAUUGACAUAAUAAUGAUAAUCUGUAAGGUAUUUUAUUCUGUAAUUGGUUUUAAAGCAAUGUUUUUAUGUCUUCCUGUAAGAUAUUGUACAUAGACAUUGGGGUUAAGAUGGGGGUGGGGGGAGGAGGGGUUUACUGAACCGGCUGGCAUGUCAUUGGUUGGUUCUGAAAGGGUUAACAGCAUUUUGACUGGAUGUCAUUUAUCAGUAUGCAUACUGUUUAUGUGUACGUUUUUUUGGCCAGUCCACUGCAGCGACUUAAGCGCUGUCAGCGAAACUUCCUGAAGUUUGUUUGGCAGAUUUGUUCAGUUAAAUAACCGUUUGGUUACAAAGUCAGCAACUUUUUGCAGCUUUGACUUUUUAAUUUUAACAUCACGGCUGAUGAACCAGAUUUCUUCUUCUUCCUUCUCAUAAAAAAAAUAAGACGAUGAAGGCUCAAAAAGGAGAAAUCCGGGGUUCGCAGGGUUGGGAGCUGACUUGACUUCCUCUUUUUUGGAAAUAUUAUAUAUAUAUUUUUUGCGCAAUUUCACUUCUUAAUGUUUUUGUUUAUGUUUUCUUUUUGAAAAAUUCUUUUAUGCGGUGAUCUCCACCGCGGAAACAAAUGAAGGACAUUCUCAGAGAAGCAAUUGUAGAAAACAUCACAAUCAUGUUCUGUCCUCUUAUCACUAUUGAAGGUGCAUGUGGAUGCGUCUGAGCGUGAAUGAGUGAGUGUUUGUGCGCAUACAUCAAGGUGUAAUAUGGAACUACUUUUUUGGCAAACGAAGGAGCAUUUCGAUUGCCGUUUUUUUUCGGUACUGAAAAAAAAAAGAUCACCCUGUUCCAUUUUGGCUCAUUUGCUCCUCUCCUCUGCCUCCCUUCCAUUUCAUGUUUAGACUUCAUAGAUUUGGCUCCUCUGGAUCGACUUGUUAUUGUUUCUAUACAGUUGCUGCUCCGUGUAGUGGUGAACACAGGGGUUGUGGGCAGGGAACCAGAAAUGGAACAGGGUCUCGUUCCCGGUCGGCUCUGAUUCAGGACAUUGGUACAGAUGAAAGUGACUGGCAGGAAGAGUCAAAGACGCUGGAACAAAGUCAACAUUUGCAAAGACAAGAAGCCUGUUUGUUCAGCCUCUUCUUAUUGCAGCAUGUUUGAUGUUUAGCACAGCAGAGAAAACUUCCUGAUCCAGACGCUAGUUCCUCUGUCAGAGCGUCCGGGACACAACAAAAUAAACUACUGCUGGACACCAACACUGUAACUUUUUAACUUACAAUAAAGCAAUAAGUUAUUUUUUACCUUACAAAUGAAAAUAGUACUAUUAUUGGUAAUAGCAGACGACGUGUGGAUAAUUCUGCGGCAUUAAGACUUAUUUUCAGAAAAAAAAGAAACUAUAUUUUUCUGUUCAAGAUCUUGUUCCCCUUGUAUAUUGAUUUUAAUGAUGUCUUUUGUUGUGUUGAUGUAAGGAAAAGGGCCAAUGCUUUGGGUGGAGCUUGUAGUUCUACAUAAGCUCAGUUAAAGUUUAACAUUUGGGAUGUCCCCUGCCAAGCUUUACAGCAAUGCUUUUCUUUUUCCUUGUUUUAUUUUUCUGAUAAUUUCAAUUUUAAAAUCCUAAUAAAUUAUUCUAAAGCA